UUCUUCCAUAGAACUAAAAUUCACUUGUAAGAAAAAAAUGAGGUCCCUAAUGGCCUCUGUUUAUCUCAUUCUGGCAUUAGCCAUGCUGUUUCUCACUUUCCCAUCUGAAAUUUCAGCAACCCGCUACUCUUAUUCCUCACCACCGCCACCGGUCUACUCACCACCACCACCAAAGGAUCCAUACCAUUACUCAUCACCUCCACCUCCACCAGUUCACACCUACCCUCCUCAUCCACACCCAGACCACUCUCCACCACCACAAACACCACCACCUCCACCACCACCACCAGUUCACACCUACCCUCACCCACACCCAGUCUAUCACUCUCCUCCACCACCAACACCACACAAGAAACCUUACAAGCACCUAUCUCCUCCACCACCAACACCACACAAGAAACCUUACAAGCACCUAUCCCCUCCACCACCACCGGUGCAAACCUACCCUCACCCACAUCCAGUCUACCACUCUCCUCCACCACCAACACCACACAAGAAGCCUUACAAGUACCCAUCUCCUCCGCCGCCGCCACCCGUUUAUACCAACCCCCCUCACCCUCACCCGGUCUACCACUCUCCACCACCAUCAGUUCAUACCUACCCUCCUCAUGCUCCCCAACCAGUUUACCAUUCUCUUCCUCCUCCAGUUCAUUCUCCACCUCCACCACAUUAUUACUACAAAUCACCUCCUCCACCUCACCACUACUAGAAUCCUAUAAUUAGCAUCAAACUAUAUGGAUCUAAACAGAGAGUUUGAAGGCAAAGAAAGCCAUGCACAAAAAGAUUGACGGAUAUUUCAUCAGUGAUUCAGCGUUUGAUUAAUAUUGUUAAGAGGGCAACAUUUAUAUAUGUAGUUUGUGUUUUUUGUUGUAUUAG